AUGCACAACACCGGCAAUUCCAUCAAGCUCUUGACGGGCAACAGUCAUCCCAAGCUCGCGGAAGCUGUCGCUGCCAGACUCGGUAUCCAGCUCACUCCCUGCCACGUCUCCAAGUUCCUCUCUCUCGAGACUUCGGUCCAGAUCCACUCGUCCGUCCGAGAUGAGGAUGUCUUCAUUCUCCAGUCGCCGUCACCGCCGGACGUGAAUGAUCAUCUGAUGGAACUGUUGAUCAUGAUCUCAGCAUGUAAGACUGCUUCGGCAAAGCGGAUCACCGCUGUCAUCCCUUGCUACCCUUAUGCUCGGCAAGAUAAGAAGGAUAAGUCAAGGGCUCCAAUCACCGCCAAACUCGUUGCCAAUCUCCUCGCCGUGGCUGGUGCCGACCACGUCAUCACCAUGGACCUCCACGCCUCUCAAAUCCAGGGCUUCUUCGAUAUCCCCGUCGACAACCUCUUUUCCGAACCCUCUCUCAUGUCUUACAUCAAGCAAGAGAUCCCCAAUUGGAAGACGGCCAUUAUGGUCUCCCCCGAUGCGGGUGGUGCGAAGCGCGCCACCGCUCUCGCCGACCAGCUCAACCUCGAUUUCGCCCUGAUCAACCGGAAACGCAGACGGGACAUGACCGCCUCAUUCCACGGCGGCUUCUCCCACAUCCCCACCGUGCCGCCAACACCUACCGGUACCGUCCCCCCCACCCCCUCCGGCUCUGACUCAGGCUCGAACCACGGCGCCCAAGAUCCGGACGAUGAAGAACGGGUCGAGACGAUGGAGCUGCUAGUCGGGGAUGUGAGGGGGAGGGUCGCGAUUUUGGUGGAUGACAUGAUUGAUACGGGACAUACGGUCAGGCUGGCGGCGCAGGUGUUGAGGGAGAAUGGGGCGAGUGAGGUUUAUGCGUUGAUCUCGCAUGGUCUGUUGAGCGAUACUACCAUGGAAAAUCUCAAAGACCUCCCGGUGCAGAAACUGGUGGUCACAAACUCGAUCGACCAGACCGACCGAAUAGCAGCCUGUGACGGGAUGCUCGAGACGAUAGAUAUUGCUCCUGUUAUUGCCGAGAGUAUAAGGCGGACACACAACGGGGAAUCUAUCUCGGCGCUCUUCCGGCCUGAUUACUUCUAG